CUGGCCUUGACGAACUUCUUUCGCCCUGAAGAAAACCUGCACAUUGGAGAAGAAGGGAGACGCGUCCGUCGAAAUAAAAGGAGUAAAGGCAGCGAGGGGCCAGACGGUCCAAGUUCAGUUAAAAACAAGAAAAAGGGGAAGAAGGCUGGUCCUCCAGGGCCCAAUGGUCCCCAAGGGCCACCAGGUCCUCCAGGGCCCCAGGGUCCCCCCGGUGCCACGGACAAGCCGGGCUCCAGAGACAUCCAGCCAGCUGUGGUCCACCUCCAAGGCCAAGGCUCAGCGAUCCAAGUGAAGAAUGAUCUUUCAGGUGGAGUCCUCAAUGACUGGUCUCGCAUCACUAUGAACCCCAAGGUGUUUAAGCUGCAUGCCCGCAGUGGGGAGCUGGAGGUACUGGUGGACGGCACAUACUUCAUCUAUAGUCAGGUAGAAGUAUACUACAUAAACUUCACAGAUUUUGCCAGCUACGAGGUGGUGGUGGAUGAGAAGCCCUUUCUGCAAUGCACUCGGAGUAUUGAGACCGGCAAGACCAACUUCAAUACCUGCUAUACCGCCGGGGUCUGCCUCCUCAAAGCCCGGCAGAAGAUCGCUGUGAAAAUGGUCCACGCCGACAUCUCCAUCAACAUGAGCAAGCACACAACUUUCUUUGGGGCCAUACGCCUAGGAGAUGCUCCAGCAUCCUAGAUGAACUCGGCACGUCCGAGGAUACUCCACAGAACUGCACAGUGCUGCUGUUCAUAAGCGUUAUCAGUAUUUCAGGGGGUUCUGUAAUCCGGCCAUAAAGAAAACUGAUCCAGAGCUAUUUAUUCCUCUAUGUGAAUGCAGGAAGCACAAUUGUCUUCUGUGACUUGCGUGGAGACUCGGAUCCAAAAAAGCUCGUUGACAAAGUGUUGUGAGGAAGAAGGGCUGUUGCGUCUGCCUCGUCUCAGUAUUUCCAGUAGGACUGCACUGAUAUUCCGCUCCGUGAUGGUCACACGAGACUUGCUGGGAGUGGUGUGGGUCUCUGCUUUCAUGUUGCACUAGCAAGAGCAUCCCAGGCGGUAGCGGGAGA